AUGCCCAGCUGUGCCGAGACGAUCAUUCACGAUGACCCAAACACCAACCACGAGUACCUGCCGAUCGCCGGCUUGAACACCUUCACCACCAAGGCCGCCGAGCUGAUCCUGGGCGCCGACUCGCCGGCUCUCGCCGAGAAGCGCGUCAUCUCCAUCCAGACCAUCUCUGGCACCGGCGCCGUCCAUCUGGGCGCCCUCUUCCUCGCCAAGUUCUACACCGGCAACCGCUCCAUCUACUUCUCCAACCCCACCUGGGCCAACCACGGCCAAAUCUUUGGCAAUGUCGGCCUCCCCACCCUGACCUACCCCUACUUCGACAAGCAGUCGCGGGGCCUCGACUUUGAGGGCAUGAAGGCCGCCAUCCAUGCCGCACCCGCCCACUCCGUCAUUCUGCUGCACGCCUGCGCCCACAACCCCACGGGCGUCGACCCCACCGAGGCCCAGUGGAAGGAGCUGGCCACCGUCAUCAAGAGCCGCGGCCACCUGCCCUUCUUCGACUGCGCGUACCAGGGCUUCGCCUCGGGCGACCUCGCCCGGGACGCCAGCGCCGUCCGCUAUUUUGUCGAACAGGGCUUCGAGCUGCUCGUCGCCCAGUCGUUUGCCAAGAACUUUGGUCUGUACGGCGAGCGCGCCGGUGCCUUCCACUAUGUCGCGCCCCCGGCGCAGGCCGGCCGCCUGACGGCUGAGGCUGUCGUCGACACCGUCAGCCGCGUCAAGUCGCAGCUCGCCGUGCUGCAGCGCUCCGAGAUCUCCAACCCGCCCAUCUACGGCGCGCGCGUCGCCAGCACCGUGCUCAACGACCCCGCCCUGUUUGCCGAGUGGGAGGACAACCUGCGCACCAUGUCCGGCCGUAUUAUUGGCAUGCGCAAGGCACUGCGUGACAAGCUCGAGGCGCUCGGCACCCCGGGCACCUGGAACCACAUUACCGACCAGAUUGGCAUGUUCUCGUUUACGGGUCUGAGCGAGGCACAGGUCCAGAAGCUGCGGACCGACUUCCACGUCUAUAUGACCAAGAACGGCCGCAUCAGCAUGGCCGGCCUCAACACAAACAACGUCGAGUACUUUGCCAAGGCCGUUGACUCGGUUGUGCGGUCAACGCAGUAA